AUGGCAGGCAUGGCGCACACGUACAACAACAUCAAGAGCUUCAAGAAGGCUCUCGACGCAUCGGCCUUCGACACGAGGGAGGAGUUUCUCGCCGUAGUCAAGUGCGCCAACAUCGAGGAUAUGUCGCCGUAUCCACAGGACCCCGCGACGCCGCUGAUGGUCUUUGCCCAGCACUUCGGCGUGGUUCCCGAUGAGUACUGCUGCCCAGAGUGCGGCGCCGAGUUCACCAUGAAGGUCAAGUCUGGGACGUCUGACCGCGCGGCGCGCUGGCAGUGGCGGGGCCCUCGCUGCGACCGCGCUGGCUGCUGCGACGCACGCGGCGACGUUGAGAUCUCCAUGACGAAGGACACCUUGUUGGCAGAUGUCAAGGCGUCGAACUGGCUCCCAUUCUUCGACUGCAUGGUCAUGUGGGCCCAGGAGUACCCCCAUUUGAAGAUCGUCCACGAGCUCGGCAAGCAGCACAACGUCGCGGGCCCCUGGAUGGAGAAGUUCCAGGAUGUCGCCGCGUCUUACGUCGCCGACAAGAUCUCGCUCCCAAAGCUGCACGAGGACUUCAAGAAGCGUGCCAAGGCCAAGGGCAAGAGGGGCGUGAAAAAGACGAUCUCCAAGAAGAAGCCGUCCAAGUUCAUCGUGCAGGCCGACGAAGUCUUCUUGAACAAGUCCAAGGUCAGCCGCCUCGCGCCAGGCACCCGCCCCAAAAAGGACAAAGUGUGGCUGUGGGGUGCGGUCGUGCAGGGCAGCCCAGAGAACUUCGUCUUCCGAGUCCUGGAGCACCCAGAGGACGCUUUCGACGGACGCCCCCGCGAUAAGCAAGAGAUGGUGACGAACUUCGACACGCUGGGCCUUCGCAAGGGCAUGGUCGUCGCCACGGACGGGCGGAAGUGGGCCCGCUGGGUGACGGAGUUCCAGUACAGGAAAGCCGUCACGAAGACGCAUUCGGUCGAUGGCGGCCACAUCUACUCCCUGCCGACGAAGACGUUCCUUUCCCACGCGGCGGAGGUCACACUGGCUGGGGGUAUCUGA